CUACAAUGUUCACUUCCUGCUCAAUUCUCAGCAGUCCCCUUUAUUGGAUUCACCAACCUGCUCAGCACAGCCGCCAUCAGCCCACAGUCUCUCACCAUCAGACACAAUGUAGCAAGAAACAGGCUUAGAACACUUUGACAUUAGGCAGCAGUACCAGCCGCCGCCAUUUUAGUUAUGGGCAACAUGACUCUAUGUUGUAUAUCUUCCCAUAGCUUCACGAAUCUAGUUUGCCCUUCUUCAAGGUGGCGGAUUGAGUUCACUUCUCACUGUCAUGUGACAUCUUGCUCUGCCUGGUGAGCUACACGUGUGUAUGCAGGGGAGAGUGGGCAAUUCUUCAUAGUCUCUCUGGGACAUUAUAGAGGUAAGAAUGGAUAGGGUGCUUGGGGGAAAUGAUGUGAGAUAUCUUGCUAAUUAAUAAUAAUAAUACUUGGUAUGUCCAAUUAACAGAUAUAUGAGGGAUGCCAGGGGUUCAAUAAUCAUUUAUCACAUUUUCUAUUUAUUUAUAAAACCCUGUCAUUGGUGUGUCUGGAAACAAUUGAGAGCCCCAAACAAUAGGUUUAAAAAUGCAAGGGGUAUCUAUGUACACACCAUAUACAAAACUAAAAUGCAUGAAACAUUCAUAGCCAUAUUUUUGUAUAAAGUAUCCCCACAUGUUACAGGCUGGUAACAAUGGGAUUUGUAGUCCACAAUAUCUAAAAUGUAGAUGCAAGAAUGUCUGCUUUGUUACCUUAAUUCCUUUGCUAAGGCUGACCUAAAUUAAUGUGCGUAGUCCCCAAACUCUUAGAGUAAUUCACAAAAGUGAGAAUUUAAAGGGAAUUUCAAAUUAAAGGAAACAAUAGCCAAAUUGGAAAAAUUCCAGUUAUACUACGUUGGUCUAAAAUUUUGGAUUUACUUUGAAUUCUCACCUUAGUAAAUAACCCUGUUAGAAAUCAUACCCCCCAGCUUUAAGCUUUACAGUAUAAUUAUGACUGCACUGGUUGUAUAAAACAUUAUAAUAACCACACUAGGUAGGUAGUGUAUUAUCCACAACCCAUUACCGCAACACACCCAGUACUACUCCGCAAAAAUCAUACAAAUUUUAUAUAUAUAUAUAUAUAUAUAUAUAUAUAUAUAUAUAUAUAUAUAUGAUGUAGAAUUAUUAAAAUCUUUAUUAGAACCUGUAUUGAAUUAUUGUACUAACUCCAUUUUGUUCACCUUACAUGACAGAAUUUCCUGACAGUAUUCAGUAUAAUGAAUAAGAGAUUGUAUUUUCUCUCUCUAAGGACAUAACUAGCCCCGGAGUUAGCGGAUCUCCGUUGACUUGCAACAUAGUAUAAUCCAAGGCCAGGAGAACAGUGACAAAAUGAAAUGUUCUAUUCAUAAAAGAACCUUGGAACAGACCACGAGACUGACAUCACUAACUACGUAAAAUGACGCCCAAGCCCCCCUUUCCACCGAGUAAGCCUCGUGCUAAAGAGCAAUGGCGACGACAUCCCAUGAUGGGAGGGUGCCUCACUAGUCACUCAAAUCUCUGAGCCAAUUAAUAAUAUUAAUGGGUGGACACUGACAUAGCCACUUAACAUUUAACCCAAUUAAUGAUGUUUAUUUGUUAUUAUCUGAUAUUCAAUGAUGAUGUCAUUUUGCAUAUAAAAAGGCCUGCGUGCCCGCUUUUUAACUAGAUGCUAAUAAAUUUCCUGAAGUGUUUUUAACCUGAACUGCAUGUGUCAGUGUGAACUUACUUCUGCGUAUACGCAAUUUAUUCAUCUCAGAUUUGGACAGGAACAGAUAGACUUUUAAACAUUUUUGUUUAUUUCUAAAUUAAUCUACAUCAUAUAUAUAUAUAUAUAUAUAUAUAUAAAAAAAUAGCGGCACUCCAGGAUUUGGCAAAAAAGAGAGGUUAGUUCAUCUUUAUUCUCACAGUUCCAGGAUUGGAACUGUAAGAAUAAAGAUGAACUAACCUCUCUUUUUUACCAAAUCCUGGAGUGCCGGUAUAUUUUUCAUUAUUUAUACUUUAUGUGACCAGAGCACAAGGUAUUUAUUUUGUUAAAGUUGGAGUGCAGGAGCCUUGGAGUUAUAUAUUUAUAUAUAUAUAUAUAUAUAUAUAUAUAUAUAUAUAUAUAUAUAUAUAUAUAUAUAUAUAUAUAUAUAUAUAUAUAUAUAUAUAUAUACACACACACACCAAACAGCAAUAGUAUUGAAGAGUAUAUUUAAAAUAGUGAGUGGUGUUUAUAAAAUAGCGCCGUGUGUUUUAGAUUUCAUGCACAGCAAGAAAUACAUACCAAUGACAUAAAAUCCCAUAGGAUUUGAUAAUGGUAAACAUAUACUGGAGAAUCUUUAAUGUUGGAAAAUAAAAAUAUACACAGUUGUGAAAUCAUACAAACAUAGGUAAGUAUUGUGUGUACUACACACAUACAAACUUGAAUCGCUGACAUGUGGAACAGCGCUAAAAUCGGAUUGAUGAACCCACUCCAAUAUAGUCUGCACAGGAGUCCCGAUAUUCUAAACUGUAGCAGGUCCAGAUCCUGCUAGCUCCAAUGGGUUUCUCAGAGAUAUCGCUGGUGUCCGUGAAUCCUCUAGAAAUGUCCAGAGAUCGAGUGAGAGGAAUGCAGGUAUCACACCGACCGGUUUCUUUCCCAGUAGGACUUUGUAAAGGAGAGCUGCGUGGUACAAUUUUUGGGGACGAAAUGGGUCAGAGUGAUUUCUCUCACUUGAGGGGGAGCGAAGGAGCAGAGGGACACUAUAGGAAUACAGUUUCGUUUUCCUAACACUAUAGUGUUUCUUUAACCCAGCUAUCACUCGGUGCAUUAGAUGCAUAUCUGUGAACACUCACCUUCCUCUAUGUGGCUGGUGGGAGUUGACAAAUAAUACUUAGAACACAACUUAUUCCAGCCUGUUCUUGCUGACAUCUCUCCUUUCCAACCUUGCUGCAGAAGGACCAUGUUUACAUCUAAGCUGCUAACCCUGGUCUUGGUUGUCCAGCCUCCAAGAAUUCUAUUGGGCAUGAAAAAGCGUGGGUUCGGUGUUGGUCUGUGGAAUGGCUUUGGUGGUAAAGUGCAAACAGGAGAAACAAUAGAAGAAGCUGCAAAGAGGUGAGGUGCCCUUUCACCCCCCAUUGUAAGUGUUAAAAACAUUUUGGAAGGGUUUGUCUUCUUACCUGGGUUGCAUCAGGCAUGUAAAUAGACUGUUUCCUUACAAUUUGACUUCUUAACAGGAGUGCACCUAGAACUACUCUCUGCAAUUGAGAGCUUCCCUUGGCCCUCCUGAGGUCGGCCCUGCACCGCCAGGCUUAGAUCAAUUAAAAGAGCUUCUGGCUGCCAUGAGCCAGGGAGAGGUGCCCAGAGGAACUCGGGUAAAAAGUCAUACAGGUAGCAAAUGGUUUGACUACAUAUAUUCGGCAGAGGCAACAGCCCUACUGACACCAUACAGUGUGCUAUAGUGGCUUUGGUGGUUAGAGUGCUAGUUAGGGGCUUGAAAAGUUUUAUAAAUUACAGGAACUAUGUAGACACCAUAACACCUUCAUUGAAAUAAAGCGGUUAUGGUGCCCAGAGUCCCAGGUGCUUUAUCACCAGAAGGGGUUAAACUGGAGUGUUGAUUUAGUUUUAGGACCACCAACUAAAAUGUCUAAAGUAAUAGUUAUUCCCCUUUUUUUGAGCAGCAAGAUUAUUUCUUGACUGCAGCUCUCUUUAGGACACCCUGGGAGAUCCUCAAUCAUGAGUCCUAUGACGCAAUUGCCGUGCUGAGCUUAUAGAAUGCUCCUAAUAAAAAAGUAUUGAAUAAAACGCUUCUCUAUGAGAACCGUUACGCUCUUUUUUUUUUUUUUUUUGAGUGAGCACUCAAAUCGUGUCUUGAAAAGGACCCUCUCGGAUGUCUGACUGAAAGCCAGGAGGUUGCAACUUAAAGGACCACUAUAGUGCCAGGAAAACAUACUUGUUUUCCUGGCACUAUAGUGCCCUGAGGGUGCCCCCACCCUCAGGGUCCCCCUCCUGCCCGGCUCUGGGGAGAGGAAAGGGGUUAAAACUUACCUUUCUCCAGUGCCGGGUGGGGAGCUCUCCACCUCCGAUCCUCCUCUUCUCCCUUUCAGCUGAAUGUGCACGCGCGGCAAGAGCUGCGCGCAUUCAGCCGGUCUCAUAGGAAAGCAUUUACAAUGCUUUCCUAUGGACGCUUGCGUGUUCUCACUGUGAUUUUCACAGUGAGAAUCAUGCAAGCGCCUCUAGCGGCUGUCAAUGAGACAGCCACUAGAGGAUUUGAGGGCUGGAUUAACCCAUUAAUAAACAUAGCAGUUGAUCUGAAACUAUGUUUAUAAAAAAAAAAAAUGGGUAAACCCUAGCUGGACCAGGCACCGAGACCACUUCAUUAAGCUGAAGUGGUCUGUGUGCCUAGAGUGGUCCUUUAAAGGGACACCGUAGGCACUGUAUCUGCUUCAUCUAAUUAAACUGGUUAUAGUGUCUGGAGUCCUCUGGUACCAUCAUUUCUUUCAGCAUUAAACAGUUUUUAAAGUUUUAAUGCUAAACAAGAGUCCCAGGCAAUCCAUCCCCUCUGUGCUGCUUUGGCUAAUAAGGAAUUAUUAGCCUGAGCAGCAAUGGGCAGCUGUGAUUGGCUGAGAGUGUCAGCUGACUGCUUUUAGCCUGUCAGAGUUCCAACUGACGGUAUGAAUGGGUAUGACAACAAGGAAGUGUGUAAUCUCUGCCUUAGCUACACAUACUGAAGGGGCCGGACUGUGGGUGGCCUGGGACUCUUAUUUUGUAGCAUACUGCACGAACAUGGUUCAACACUCAAUGGAGGGACAGUGCCAGGGCACUCCAGGCACUAUAACCAAUUCAAAGAGAUGAAAUGCUUAAUAGUGACUACAGUGUCCCUUUAAGAUAUUUUUAAAAUUUACCAUUUCUCUUAAAAUCAAAGAGGGGAUAGCCAGUUAACCACUAAACCACAUCAGAAAGCUGAAGUGGUGUAGGGGUCUGAAGUGUACUUUUAAAGAUUUACAUGUUACACACUAUAAUCACCCGUGCAAUGACAUCAGAUAGCAGAGAAAAGGGUUUUAGAUACAAAUGGAGUCUGAAAUAUAUUCCUAAUAUAUAUUUAUUUAUUUUUAAAUCACUUUGUGUUGUUAGGGAGCUUUGGGAAGAAAGUGGUCUUACAGUGAAGACUCUCGAGAAAAUUGGUGAAAUUAAGUUUGAGUUUGUUGGCAGCACUGAACUCCUGGAUGUACAUGUGUUCCGCGCAGAUAACUUUACUGGUGAACCUACCGAGAGCGAUGGUAAAUGCUUUAUUAUAUAGGUAUUUGUGGCUGUGUAUAUCAUGAAAUAGUCUCUUUAAUGUACACUGAUGGGAACAAAAAAGUUAAUAAUAAUUGGAGGAAAAAUAUUAAAGGGAUACUGUAGGCACUUUAGAGAAAAACUCAUCCCUAACUUUAGUAUGUGACAGGAUCUACAGCCAUAUACAUGCACCUUGGGUCAGAUAGUGUUUGAAAACCUAUUUAGUCUCUAUGGUGUCCCCUGCUUCACUACUUGUACAGUGACAUCAUCAGACCGACUAAUUGUCCCAUUUGGCUGAAAGAUCCGGUCAUAUAUUAAAGGUAAGGAUGCAUUUUCCAUUUAUAUAUAUAUAUAUUUUUUUACAUAUACUUAAAUUAACAAAGAAUCCACUUCCUUUCAAAACUUGAUGAAAGGAUCGUUAUAUUAAAAAUCGUUGACAGUUGUCAUGAUAAAUCUCAAAAACAUAUCUUGUAUGUAGCUUUAUAAGACAGCAACUCUUGAGAUUGAGUGCAAGGAGCAGUUCUGGAGCAAAGUUCUUGAAGUUGAAAAGCCACUAUGAAAUUAGAAUGUUCCUACUGAUUGCACUUACUGUGUAGAACUUUGUCUCAGAAUCUUGAUUGAUACACACCACUUCCCUCCGUGGUAUCAAUUAAGCUAAUUUAUUCCAUUAAGAAUAUGUUUUGACUUUGUGUUUAAUUCACAGAAAUGCGGCCUCAGUGGUUUGACUUAGAGAAAAUACCAUUCGAUGGGAUGUGGCCAGAUGACAUCUAUUGGCUUCCUCUUCUUCUCCAGAAAAAGAAAUUCCUUGGCUAUUUCAAGUUUGAAGACCACGACAAAAUUCUCAACUACACCUUGGAAGAAGUUGAAGAUGUUUGACAACAAAUUCAAGGAUAAUUAUACUUUUCCCAUACAACCCCUUCUUUCAAAUGAAGAUCACCUUGUAUGUGGCGCACCUUAAUCGUUUUUAGAGUUAAAAUUUUAGUUUUACAUUUCUCUGUUGAAUUUCAAAUGCUUUCAAAUUUGACUUAGUCUGUAAGCUCUUGUUGGACCUGGAUGGUAUUCAUGACUACUUGCAUCCUGUACAUACUGUUAUGGAGCAAUUUGACAAUAGUUCAAUUGAAUACAUCAGCUAAACGGUUCAUUUGCUGACACACUCUAAAUAGAAUUGGUGAAUAUCCAUAAAGUAGACAAAUAUGUUUAAAAUCCAAUUUAAAAAAUUUUCUUCCAUCGGUUACUACUAGAGAUAGCGAAUGCCCUUUUUCUUUCACUUUUGGUCAUUUUGUUAGUCAGCGACAACAUGCCUUCUACUAUUACUACUGAGAGUUUUGGUGACAUGCAUGACAAUUUUCACAGAAGAACCUGGGUUUCUUCAGAACCAGAAGUUGACUUCAUACAUUUAAUUCAGCGAAUCCAUUGUCAAUUUUUUGUUUUAUAUUUGUGUUUGAAGGUUUAGGUUUUAAUCUAAUUAAAUACAAAAAUGGACAAAUAAAAGGAAGGUAUGAACAUUUUUUUAAAAAUGUUCCCCAAUGGAUCGUGACACAGAAAAGACACUUUACACUUGAUAAAUCUAAAAAAAAAAAAUAUAUAAAACUGUUAAUGGUACCACGAGAAACAUUAUAAUUUGUUACAUUGUCAGUCAGUUUGGCUUUGUUUUAACCCAGGUAUUGGGUGAGUGUCCUAGAAUAUCUUCCUAGGCCUGUAC